CCGAGGGGAGGCUCUAUGGCGACCGGGGCGAACGCCACGCCGCUGGGCAAGCUCCACCCGCCGCCGCCGCCGCCGCCGGGGCAGCCCGGCUUCCCGCUGCCGCCGCCCCCCGGCCUCGUCCUGCCCGGCUCCGGCCCCGGUCCCGGCCCGGCCCCCGCCGCGCUGCUCGGCCCCAUGGCGGCCGCCGCGUACCCGUUCGCCGCGCUCCCUCCGCCGCCUCCUCCUCCGCCGCCACCGCCGCCGCCGCCGCAGCCUCAGGCGCAGCAGCAGCCGCCGCCCCCCCCUCCUCCGCCGCCGCCGCCGCCGUCGGCUCAGCAGCAGCAACCGCAGCAGCAGCAGCAACAACAACCGCAGGCGGCCUCCGCCCCGCAGCAGCAACAGCAGCCGCCGGCCUCGGCCCCCAACGCCCCGCAGCAGCCGCCGCCGGCCCCCGGCGCCGCUCCCUACGGGCAGUACCGCUUCCCUUCGCCGCCGCCCGGCCACGACCCGCCACAGGCUCCGCAGGCAGCAGCGGCCCCGCCGGCCGCCGCUCCCCCAGCCCCUCCUCCGCAGCAACAACCGCAGCCCGGGGGCCCUGCGCAGGCCCCGCCGGCGGCCCCGCUCCAACAGCGCCCGGAUGAGAGCGGGCCCGGCGGGGGGGGAGCGGGAGCGGGGCCGCAGAACGAAGCCGCCGCGCGGGCGGGAGCCGCGCACAAAGUGGCCCGGAGGUCAGACUUCCCGCGGAAGCGGAAGCGGAGCCGCUGGAACCAGGACUCGCUGGACCAGAAGACCGUGAUCCCGGGCAUGCCGACCGUGAUCCCGCCGGGGCUCACCCGCGAGCAGGAGCGCGCCUACAUCGUGCAACUGCAGAUCGAAGACCUGACUCGCAAACUGCGCACGGGAGACCUGGGCAUCCCCCCUAACCCUGAGGACAGGUCCCCAUCCCCAGAGCCCAUCUACAACAGCGAGGGGAAGCGGCUCAACACACGCGAGUUCCGCACGCGGAAGAAGCUGGAGGAGGAGCGGCACAACCUCAUCACCGAGAUGGUGGCCCUCAACCCGGACUUCAAGCCCCCCGCCGACUACAAGCCGCCGGCGACACGGGUGAGCGACAAGGUGAUGAUCCCGCAGGAUGAGUACCCCGAGAUCAACUUCGUGGGGCUCCUCAUUGGGCCCAGAGGGAACACGCUGAAGAACAUUGAGAAGGAAUGCAAUGCCAAGAUCAUGAUCCGGGGCAAGGGCUCGGUGAAGGAGGGCAAGGUUGGCCGCAAGGACGGGCAGAUGCUGCCGGGGGAGGACGAGCCCCUGCAUGCCCUUGUCACCGCCAACACCAUGGAGAACGUCAAGAAGGCGGUGGAGCAGAUCCGCAACAUCCUGAAGCAAGGCAUCGAGACCCCCGAGGACCAGAACGACCUGAGGAAGAUGCAGCUGCGGGAGCUGGCGCGGCUCAACGGGACGCUGCGGGAGGAUGACAACCGCAUCCUGCGGCCAUGGCAGAGCACUGAGACCCGCAGCAUCACCAACACCACCGUGUGCACCAAGUGCGGCGGUGCUGGUCACAUCGCCUCCGACUGCAAGUUUGCCAGGCCCGGGGACCCACAGUCAGCGCAGGACAAGGCGCGCAUGGACAAGGAGUACCUGUCACUGAUGGCGGAGCUGGGGGAGGCCCCGGUCUCGGUCAGCUCCAACGCUGCCCACAACAACAGCCCCCUCUCCAGCAGCCACCGCGCUGCCAACCAGGCCAGCAGCCAGCCCCCCCCCAGCCGCCCACCCUGGAUGAACUCCACCCCGUCGGAAAACCGCCCCUACCACGGGAUGCAUGGGGGCCCAGGGGGGCCCCACAGCUUCCCUCACCCCAUGGCUGGCAUGGGGGGGGGCCACGGGGCGCACCCCCUGCAGCACAACCCCAAUGGGCCCCCGCCUUGGAUGCAGCCCCAUCAUCCCCCUAUGGGGCAGGGCCCCCACCCACCUGGGCACCCGGGGCCCCACCACAUGGAUCAGUACCUGGGCAAUGCGCCGGUGGGCUCUGGGGUCUAUCGCCUGCACCAGGGAAAAGGUAUGAUGCCUCCGCCGCUGGGUAUGCUGCCCCCCCCGCCCCCCCCGCCCGGUGGGCAGCCGCCCCCUCCCUCCGGCCCGCUCCCCCCCUGGCAGCAGCAGCCGCCGCCACCCCCCAGCAGCAGCAGCACCCCCUUGCCAUGGCAGCAAAAUACGACGACCACCACGAGCGCUGGCAGCGGCUCCCUCCCCCCAUGGCAACAGCAGGGGGGGGCGGGGGGGGCGGCGGGGGGGGGGGCAGCUUCUUCGGGAGCCCCCCCACUCCCCGGCAGCCCCUCCAUGGUGCCUUUGCCCCCCGGGGUCCAGCCCCCACUGCCCCCCGGGGCCCCACCGCCCCCCCCGCCACCCCCUGGCUCCGGGGGCAUGAUGUACGCACCCCCGCCCCCCCCGCCGCCCCCCCCCAUGGACCCUUCUAACUUCGUCACCAUGAUGGGGAUGGGGGUGCCUGCCAUGCCCCCCUUUGGCAUGCCCCCCGCGCCCCCCCCACCGCCCCCCCAGAACUGAGCAAUACCACCGCGAUUUUGGGGGGGG